GGCUAAAAAGAAACUCAUCAGAGUUCAGCAACUAGUGUUCAGCGUCAGUCCGGCUCUCAUAUAGUUUUCCCCGAGGCAUAACCCGAAUAAACAGCUGUAAAGAUGGAGCGAAUGGAGCUGAAGAAAGUGAGCGCAGAGAUGGAGGAUGAGAGCAGUGUGGACGACAGCUACAGAGAGAACAUGGACUCUGAAAAGGCCACAAUCAACAGCCAGUUCCUGGAUGAAGAUGAUGCAGAGAGUCAGAAGUUUCUCACCAAUGGCUUGAUGAAGAAGAAGAAAUAUGAGGAAUAUAAUGAAGAAUAUCACCCAGGUCAUGCUUCCUUUGGCAUGUCUGUCUUUAACCUCAGUAACGCCAUCAUGGGCAGUGGGAUCCUGGGCCUGUCCUUCGCCAUGGCCAACACCGGCAUCAUCCUGUUUGUAAUCCUCCUGCUGGGAGUCGCUAUCCUCUCGCUAUACUCUGUUCAUCUCUUAUUAGUGACGGCCAAAGAAGGAGGCUCGCUGAUCUACGAGAAGCUUGGAGAAAGAGCGUUUGGAUGGCCUGGAAAAAUGGCAGCUUUCGGGUCUAUAACUCUGCAGAACAUAGGAGCCAUGUCCAGCUACCUUUUCAUAGUCAAAUAUGAGCUGCCGGAGGUGAUACGAGCUUUCCUCGGACUGGAGGAGAGUUCUGGUGAAUGGUAUCUGAAUGGGAAUUAUGUGGUGGUGCUGGUGUCCAUCGGCAUCAUUUUACCUCUAUCUCUGCUGAAAAACCUGGGGUAUCUGGGCUACACCAGCGGCUUCUCUCUCUCCUGUAUGGUCUUCUUCCUGGGAGUGCUGAUCUACAAGAAGACGAUCCUGCCGUGUCCUCUUCCAUUCUUCUUCGAGCACGGCUCAAACGUUAGCAUAAAUGGAUCGGAUGCGAUAGCUCUGUACGGACUGCACAACGCCUCGGCUCUGGCGUACAUGUCAGAAACGGCUGCAAACGCCGUGGAUCCACACACACCGCUCCACGACUCGGUGCAGUUCAGCGCUCACCCGGAGGACCACCAGGACAUGUGCACGCCCAAAUACUUCAUCUUCAACUCACAGACCGUUUACACUGUUCCCAUCCUCGCCUUCGCAUUUGUGUGUCAUCCUGAAGUUCUGCCUAUCUACAGUGAACUGAAGAAUCGCUCUCGUCGGAGGAUGCAGUCUGUCUCAAACCUCUCCAUCUUGGCUAUGCUGGUUAUGUACCUGCUGUCUGCUCUCUUCGGUUAUCUGACGUUUUAUGAUCAUGUGGAGGCCGAGCUGCUGCACACCUUCACCAAGGUCUACAAGUUCGACACGAUGCUGCUGAUGGUGCGACUGGCGGUGCUGACGGCCGUGACGCUCACCGUACCUAUCGUACUCUUCCCCAUCCGCUCGUCGGUCAUCACGCUGUGUUUCGCAGGGAAAGAGUUCAGCUGGAUUCGACACUUCCUCAUCGCCGCUGCUAUUCUGGCCUUCAAUAAUCUGCUGGUGAUCUUCGUGCCCACCAUCAGAGACAUCUUCGGCUUCAUCGGUUCGUCUGCAGCCACAAUGCUCAUCUUUAUCCUGCCAGCGGCUUUUUACCUGCGGCUGGUUAAGAGUUUACCAAUGAAGUCUCCUCAAAAAAUAUCUGCACUGAUUUUCCUGGUGGUGGGAAUCUUCUUCAUGAUCGGCAGUUUGUCUCUGAUCGUCUUGGACUGGAUCCACAAUCCUCCAGGCUCUAAAGGUGCUCAUUAAAAACUGUUCAGUCUUCAUCCCAGAGAUCAUCUCUCCUCCUGGACCCUGAGCAUCCAUCUCUCUCUCCCUCUCACUGCUCUAAUGUGUGUUUUCCAGCAAACGGAGCCUCAGAUAGUGUUCAUGUGGAAGAUGGACAGAUAUUUAUAUAAAGAGAGCGAGAGAGAGCUGGGCAGCAGGGUUCAUCAAAAAGCACUUCUGGAUACCAACAACACUUUUCCUAAUCAUGUCUGACUUCAUUAGCUGACUCUAGCAGUCGUGGGUAGUUAGUCUAUUGUUAUUCUGAAAGGAAUAGUUCACUCAAAGAUGGCAUUUCCAUCAUUUUCUUUUCCAAAGCUGACAAAAAAAACUGCUGUUGAUCAUGCGAAAAUGAUAACGUUCAUUAUUUGAGCGAACUAUUUGCUUCAUCAUUAAUAAUAUUUCCUCUGUGAGAGUGGGAAAAGGUCCAAUUAUCAAUUUUUUGUACCAAAAUGAGGAAGUUGUGUGUACUGGAGGUCCACAUAAGCUUUGAUUUUCCUCUCAGACACACACACACACACACACACAGUACUGCAGGACCACACUGACUGACUGACCGCUGCUCUUCAUUAAGAGGAUUUAAAGUCAGUUUGUCUCUUGAUCUCCACACGUGCUUUUUUUCCAUUUCGACAAUCGCGGUGGACUUUUAAAAGAAGUUACUGUUCUGUGCCACACUGAAUGGACUGCAGUGCUGUUUCUGAUCAAUUACAGUGAAGCCAUCAAGCCUGAACGUUUGCUGUAAACCACAUCUGCCUUUUUCCUUUAUUAUAUUUGUGCCUUUGCCAUCUUUCUGUGCUGUAUCUGACUACUCAGCGAACAGGAAACGUUCUGCAGAUGCACCUCCAGUACUAGAUUUUCUUGAGCUCGAUUUCAAAGUGUUACAUUAUUUAUACAUCAUUUACGGAAUGUUCUAUUUCUGAGACAUUCUGCUGGACGUUCAUGGAAUGCUUUUUAAAUGUUACUCAUUUUUGGAAUGCUUGUUCCGAAAAUGGAAUGUUUAUCCUUUUUGAAACACCUGACAUGAACGUUCAGAGGACAAUCAGAAAAGACGUUCUCACAACUAAAUGGGAACAUUAGUCAAACGUAUUCCUGUUCACUGCAUUGCUGGAGAAAAACAAUGACGUUUACAGAAGUGAGACGGUCAGCUCCGUCUCCUGAAACUGGUUUCCGUGUGCAGCGGUCCAGCCAAAGUGGACGAUAUUUAAAGAUCCUUUAGUGAUCUAGUGUCUCAUAAUGCGAAUGAAUAUUUCAAAUGAAAUGGUAUGAUAUUUUUGCAUGUUUAAAAUCACAAACAUGGUCUUUUUGGACAUUGUAUAUGGUUUGUAAAUAGGUUUAUUUUUUUGGGGUCAUUGAUGGCCGCUGGAAGGGACUACGCGUUCGCCAGUAGAGUUUUAGUAUUAUAUUUUAGAUAUUGUGCCAUCAUGCCUUCGUUUUCUUUUGUAAAUUUGUAGAAAAGCCAUUGUAUUUCUAUUAUCCUUCCGUUACGCUGAACUGAAAGCUGGAGUUGUGUGGGGUUUAUUGUGUGUUACUUGAUUAGUUAGCAGCUCAACUGGUACAGAGAGACUCACAGACUGAACAUGUGCUCACUUUUAAUCUGUGUUUAAAAACAAGUAUUUGUCUUCCACUGUUUACCUCCGCACACCAAGUGUCGGACAUAUUCAUAAGUGCAUUUAUAUGUAUUCAAAAGUCGACAUGAAAUCUGAACUGACCCUUUUUACCUUCUUGGUAACACCUGAAUGUGUUAAUGCAUAACGUAACACUGAACAAUACAUUUCAUUCAGUAUUUUAUAUAUGCAUUCAUUGAUGCAUCUUUUGUUUAUGUUAGUUCAUAAGAAUACAUCUUUUAUUUAAAGGGACAGUUCACCAAUUUACUUAAACUCAAGUGUUUGUAAGCUGUUACGAGUUUCUUUCUUCAGUUAAACACAAAGGAAGAUAUUGUGAGGAAUGUUGGAAAAAAAGCUAUGCUAUGCAGAGUGGCCUAGUGGUUAGCACUGUUGCCUCACAGCAAGAACAUCACUGGUUCUAGUUCUUACCAAGCCAGCCGACGUUUCUGUGCGGCGUUUACACGUUCUCCCCGUGCUCAUGUGGGUUUCCCCCGGGUUCCCCGGUUUCCUAACGCUUAAGUUAAUUGACUAAUCUAAAUCAGCACCAUAGACAUGCUCCUAGACAGUAGUGUCUCUUAAGAGCGAUCACUAUCUUCAUUAGCUACUACAGCAGGGGAGUUCUCCAGAUCUACCUGAGCUCAAACUCCCCUCUCGCCUUGCAAACGGUAGGGAGCCUCGGCCUCGAGGAUCUUAUGAGCUCAGGGCUCUCUCCCGGGACAGCAUGCCAAACAAGCUUUAUAACCAAUCAUCAGCUAAGUGUGAACUCUUGAAACAGGCGGCAAAUAUCAAAAACAAAACUAGUUUGGAGUCUAAAUGCAAUGAAUGUGCCAUGGCUUUUAGAGGAUUAUCAGAUAAAAGGUUCAUCCUACUCAGUUUUGUAUGUGCAUUUAUAAAAUGCAUGCACAAUAUGGUAUUUCCAUCAAUUAUUUUAUAACGUGAUAGUCUAAAAUGGAUGAAUGACAACAAAUCUACUGACAUCCAUUGUGGAAGUAAAAAAUACAAUGGAAGUCAAUGGCUGUUUUGUUCAACUGAAGAAAGAAGCUCAAGCAGAGCAAGUGAAACAUGACUGAAUUGGAAUUUUGGUGGGAACUGCCCCUUUAAAUGACGCAUUAGUGAAAUGUGUUAACUAUUUACUUAUUUUAACCAAUGAAAAGUCCACCAGUUUCUUAAUAAACAUUCCAAAGAAACAUCCGUUCAUAAUUGUCAUCAUCAUGUGAAUGUUCUGUAAUAUUCUGAAGUUGAAAUGGGUGGUGGAUGUGUUUUCAAGUGGAUGUCAAGUGUGUUUACAUGCUGAACAUGUACGUCAGUACACCGGCUUGUCUUACAGCUCAGUGCCUGUCGCAUCCUUCAGGGCAAAUCUGCAGGAAUUGUGACCAUCAACGUUGUUUUGAAUGUACGAACAGUUUACAUGUACUUUGGAAAUGUGAAAUGAACUCUCAGUGUUACUAUCAGCAUAGAGGAGCAGUCGCUCACAAACUACCAGCAUAACCUGAAAACGCUGACAGCCAAUCAGCUGCAGCCUCCUCGGCCAAUCACAAGCCGCCACAUCAUUUGGGGGAUUUUUGUAUCACUAAAGCUGUUUCCAUAUUAUGUAACAUGAAAAAUAAAGAAAUGUGAAACGA